UUUUUCUUUUAAAGCUCUUAAAACAAGCUUCAUUCUUUCGGACACUUGUUGCAGCUGCUUGCGCAUCACUGAAGGAGUCCAUCCGAACCGCCUCAGCUUCUCCUUUGGGAAAUUUCCCGCGGGGAGUGAUGAACUCCAUCGACCCUCAGACCCAUCACCAGCACCACACUUCCCCUACGGUCGGCUCUAUCCCUCAUAAAGGCGCACAGGAGUCCCCGGACAUGGCAGCUGCGGUUUACUGCGACAACUUCAGCAGCGUUUACCACCAGCAGAGCCUGCAGGGCGCGCAGAGACCCGCCAGCUACGGCCUCGGGGACUACGCCUCCUCUCCAAACCCCUACCUGUGGCUCAACGGGCCGGGCGUUAACUCCUCCACGUCUUACCUGCACGGCAACAACCCGGCGUCCUUCAUCCCGCCCUCCUACGGCUCACAGCGGCAGUUCCUGACCAACUCACCUGGAUUCGGAGGGCCAGACCUGGGCUGGCUGUCCAUCGCCAGCCAGGAGGAGCUGCUGAAGCUGGUGCGUCCGCCCUAUUCCUACUCCGCUCUCAUCGCCAUGGCCAUCCAAAAUGCGCAUGAGAAGAAGCUGACCCUCAGUCAGAUUUACCAGUACGUGGCGGACAAUUUCCCUUUUUAUAAGAAGAGUAAAGCUGGCUGGCAAAACUCCAUCAGGCACAAUCUGUCUCUGAACGACUGCUUCAAAAAGGUCCCAAGGGAUGAGGAUGACCCAGGAAAAGGAAAUUAUUGGACACUAGAUCCAAACUGUGAAAAGAUGUUUGAUAACGGAAACUUCCGGCGGAAAAGGAAAAGACGGUCUGAUCCCAGCAUUUCAGGAGGAGCUGCGGCUACAGCCACAAAGCUUGAGGACGGCAGGCCCACGGUGGCGGGCUCCAUGAAACCCUCCGACAGCCCACAGCUGCUGGGAGCUUCCUCACCAGAGAUGGAAGCGAUGAACGAAAACCAAAAAAGCUCAUCUUCAUCGCCGGCCGGACUCGCCUCGGCCGCUCCAUGUUUCAACAACUUUUAUGGCAACAUGUCCACGCUCAGCUCGGGGGCCUCUGGCCGACAGGGGUCCCUCGGACUGGUGAACGAGCUGUCGAAUAGGAACAUAACGGCCCUGAGCCCAUACCACCCCAGCAGCAGCGGGCCGGAGGCGGGGGCAGCGGAUCACAACGAGGGCUUGCAUUUUAACCGGGGAGUGUACUACAACACAUUCAGCAGCGGGCAGAGCGGACAGUUCAACACUCACUUCUACAACAGCUUCAGUGUGAACAGCUUGAUUUUCCCCAGGGAUGGGACUGAGCUCUAGGGGAAACUCUUAGCACGGAAGUUAGCAGACUUCCUCUGAUAAUCCCAAACAGAGAACUCACUGUUGUCCCUGUUAUUAGAGAGCUUAAAUAUGCAAAAACAAAAAAAUCAACUUCAACCUGGAAAAAAGAACUUAGCAUUGAAGCUUUUUUAUUCCCAUAAAAUACAUCAGAAAAAUAAGAAAAGUGAAUUUUGUAUUCGUAAUACAAACUUUAAUUAGACAAACUAUUGUCUCAAGUUAAAUCUAAAUUUUGACCGUUAUGUGAGUUAUCCAAGAAUCAGUUCAAUUCAGCUUAUUUAUAUAGAACCAAUUGAUUUGAAGAAAAAAGCACUUCCUCACUGUUAACCCAAAGCUGCCAAAGUGGCCUGUGUGACACCACCAAUACCUCAAAACAGUGGCCUACAGAGGGUUUGCAUUAUCUGCGAAGAAAAUAUAGUUACUAUAUACGCUGAAAAAAAAGAUAAUGCAACCAUUUUUUGGCAUCUACUUAAUCGUAUUUAGUAACUUUAACACAUAUUUUUAUGUCCUACCCUGCUAACAUGAAAAAGUUAAAUGUUAAAGUUACAAAAUAUGAUUUAGUAAAUGCCAAAAAUGUUUUUUUUAGUGUACUGAGCGACAGCUUGCCUUAUGAAAUAAAAUCUUGGCAUGUUACGAGUUCCAAAAUGUAUACACUUCUCGUACAAUUCAAAGUCAUUUUGAAUCAAGCAGUAGAAAGAGCAUAUAGAGCUGCCCCUCCCCCACAUGUUGCUGCACACCACUAAUGAGCUAACUGAAAAAUAACUACUAAUCCUGUCCCAAGCACUCUAGAACAGGGGUUCUGAAAUAUGGUAUGAAAUGUUUUUGAUUAUUUUUAUAUGGUGAUCCCUGAGAUAUAUAGAGGCCCAGAAAGUAUCAUGAGAUUCAUAUAUUUAAAUUUCUGAUAAAAUAUGUAGAUAUUGCAUUUUUGAUGGUCAAUAUGAUUGAUGUGGAUUUGAAUAUAAUGGGGAAUACACCAUUUAGUUGUAAAAUACAUAAGAAAAUAUAGGACUAUUGAAGAUCCCAUUAAAUAAUUCAAGAUACUUUUAAAGUGGUUAUGUUAUAAAAUACAAGUAUUUAAAAAAAUGAAUGUUAUUAGGACACUCUAUAUAAAUAUAGUGAUGUUUUUUCGGGGGUCGCCAGUCGAUGGUGCUGUUAUUGUUUGGGUCAUGGGAUGAAAAGUUUGGGAACCCCUGGUCUAGAAUGACACAUUUCUGAAGUUGGAAAUAUUUCAGUUGUUUAAAAACAGACAUUCAUAGAGUGAGAACUAAAGUAACAUUACCAAUUAAUCUUAUUACUGAAAUACAGUUUUAAAGCUGCAGUCAGGAAGCUGAAGUAGGCAUGUAUCUUAAAGAGCAGACUCUUUACCCCAGCUGGUAAUCCUACUAACUACCGAUCUAAUAUCAAUUUAUUGUUCUUUUGUUUUCUCUAUAGCAAACAGAACAUUUAAAAAAACCGUAAUAUUCUUCUUCAUAAGCACUUGAAACCCACUGCUGAUUAAAUUUAGCAAGUCUUUAUUCUCUAUUUUUACCUACGACUUUACCACUGAAUAAAUCCCACAGAUAACAUUAUUAUAACAACAAUAAUCAAUAUAUAAUUUAAGAACCAAUACGAAUAAUUGAUGCUUUUCUGAUUUAAUUACAAGAAGUUAGAGCUUGUUUUAUAUCUUUAGUUUUGAAAUCGUGAACAUUUGGUAAUCUUACAAAAGUUUAUCUCAUUCAGAGAAUCUCAUAGCAGCUCUGCCUCUUUGCCUUAUCUUUUGUCCUCCCUGCUGACUGAAACCUCAGCACUGUGGCUUAUGUAAAUAGACAUGGACUUGAUAGAUUUGUAUUUUUGUACAAAAAAAAAAACACUUUUGUGAAUAUUUAUGCUAUUUAUGUUCAUAGGAAUUUUCUACUGCUUGUCUGAUUAAAGAAGAAAAAGUCUGCCUCCAGAAAGCAGCGAAGAGCAGUAUAAAAAAACAGAUCAUUGCAUACAGUUUUUGUAAACCUAUUAUGAAAAUUUUAUGCUGUUGAAUUUCCUCAGGAUUCACUCUGACAAUCAUUAAACGGCUUUUAUAUCAAUGACAGACUUUUUGUUUGUU